CUAUCUGAAGUACACUCCAUAUUGGGACGCACUUCCUCCUUUUACGACUUUUAUUUUGAAAGCCAAUUGUCGUCAUCGCAGACACGUUCGUUUACGUUCUAUGUCGUAGCCGUUUGACUGUAUGUGGAAAGUAGCAAUGUCGGAGGAGGUUAGGAAGGCGCUACAGUCGGUAGUGGAACGGGUGAACCAGGCGGCGGCACGGCGUCCCAAGACACUACCAGCCGUGCCGCCCCGCCUCGUAGCUGUCAGCAAGACCAAACCCCCAGAGAUGGUUGUGGAGGCCUACAGACAAGGGCAGCGUAACUUUGGAGAAAAUUAUGUUAACGAACUUGUGGACAAAGCUUCAGACCCUCUGAUUUUAGACUCGUGUCCAGAUAUCAAGUGGCACUUUAUCGGCCAUCUACAGAAGAACAAUGUCAACAAACUUUUGGGCGUGCCAAACCUGUUCCUUGUGGAGACGGUCGACUCGGCCAAACUGGCUGACAGGGUCAACAGCUCGUGGCAGCGCGUCAGAGGAGCCAGCGCACAGAGGUUAAAGAUCAUGGUGCAGCUCAACACCAGCGGAGAACAGAGUAAACAUGGGCUGCCGCCAGAGGAGACGGUGAACACAGUUAAACACAUUGUGUCCCAGUGCUCUGCCCUGCACUUCUUAGGACUCAUGACCAUUGGACGCUACGGCUACGACCUCACCCUGGGGCCCAAUCCGGACUUUCAGAUGCUGCUGAGUCGGAGGCAGGAGGUGUGUGACGCUCUGAAGCUGCCUCUGGAGGACGUCGAGCUCAGCAUGGGUAUGUCCACAGAUUUUGAACACGCGAUCGAGGUGGGCUCCACCAACGUGCGAGUGGGUAGCGUCAUAUUCGGCAACAGAGAUUAUCCCAACAGUGCAGCAAACACUCCAAAUCCCAGCCCGGCCCCCAGCCCCAACCCCAGCCCGGCCCCCAGCCCGGAGAAAACAACCAAGGCGGUGUCCGAAGAGGCCGCCAAGAAGAUGCAGCACCUCACUGUGUCUGGACACUAAGAAGAGCGUCUCCUCCUCUGAUAAAUCCCUUUUAAGAAAGAAAAGAAAAAAAAACACUCUUCACGUGCAAACUGAAUAGAGCAGUGAAGCAGAUGAUUUCCACAGAGCCACGUGGAGCUAUGAUUGCAGAAUUCGUGCAUACUUUUAAAGUGUAAUUGCCUAAUCCUCUUCACUUUUUUCGUGUGCCCUUCUUGCUCUUUUAAGCAUUACAAAGUGGCAUUCAGUACAGAAGUAGUUCUACCUUCUUUUUUUUUUUUUAAGUAGUGUUACUAACCUAUAGUGCUCUGACUUCCCUCCCACGGAACCGUCUCCUACAAGAUUACCGGCUACAAGACAAAUGUCCAACUAUUGAAAACGUGGUGACAUAUGGAAAAUGAUUUCACACGAGUUUUCGAGAGAGCGAGGAUUUGUUUGGGUUUGUUGUGCCGACGUGAUAUUUUCUACCUUUAAACACAACGUGUGGCCAUGCUGAAAUGGAGCUCGAUUGUGUACAGUGUCCCAGAGAUCAGGAAUCCCACGCAGUACAAUGUAUGAUUUUUGUUGUACAGAAUGAAACAAAAGACUUGAUUUAAUAAAUCACUUAUCCCUUUAUAAUGGCAUAGCAUUGUCUGUUUGAUAUUGUUUUCUUAUGGUGUUUCCAAAUGUGACAGAUCUCUAUUCUUGAUAUCAACAAAUCCAAGAGUAAACCUGAAGAAAGUUUUUUUUGGUUUGUGUGUAACAGUCUUGUGUCUGUGCUAUGCUGUGGUGCAUUGUUGGAGAUGAGGGGGGGGGGGGAAUCUAUGCAAAGUGGUGAUUUGAUUUAGUUUGAGUAGAUUUUUUUUUUUUUCCCACUGCAGCUAUCAUGGCAUUGUCGCAGUGGUUUUUCAAAGAUGUCACAAAGUCGGUGUGUUUUCAUGUCUCCAUAAAAAGUGCUUUCAUUUUCAGUGAUU